AUGCCAUUAUCGCGAAAGCGUUUUCAACAGUCCGCCUCGCGCGAGAUAAUCUGUAAUUCAGGAUUUUUCUUUCUUGCGAUGUUAAAUCUGCCUGCCGAGACGGUUUUAUCAUAUUGGGGCGUAAUGGGAUCGCGUCAUCUGCCACAAAUACAUAUGAAAGACCAUGCCACUGAAGAAUAUUCAUCCAACAGCGUAUCUAACGACAACGAGGCUCGGACCACAUCGUCAAAUAAUAAUUCAUCUCGCCCACCAAAACCUUGUAAAACAAAAAGAAAAGAUGAAAGCUUAGCAAAUGAAGUAUUGGAAUCGGUACGAGAUCACUUUAAGCGUCCUCGCCCAAUUGUAACAGAAGAAAGGUGCGAUAUUAUUGGCAAAUAUGUGGCGAUGAAAUUGAGGGCUUUAGAUGCGAAACAAAUAAUAGUCGCAGAAAAACUUAUAAAUGAUUUAGUUUUUGAAACAGAAAUAGGAAACCUCACUCCCGAGCAUGCCUAUAUUAACAUGAGAGAUAUUUUGAAACAAAAUCAACGAAGCUAUGUUCCUGCUCAGCAAUAUCGACAACAUGCAUAUCAGUCCUCUCCUAAUUCCAAUAGGGCAUAUGCCCCUAAAAUAAAAGAGGUUAGGGUCGGAACGAAACGAGGAGCAUCAGCGCUUCGAGCGGUAGAAGAUGAAUCGACACUGCUGAAUGAAUUAAUACCGCUGAAUGAAUCGACACCGCAGAAUGAAUGGAUAGUGCGGAAGGGAUCGAUAGAGCUGGAUGAAGAGGGUAAUCCUAUCGCUAACAACGGAAAUGCACCGGAGGCGCCUCAACGUGAAAUCAUUCGAUAUCUCAACUGCUCUGACUUGCAUAAAUAUUCAUUGGCGGAAGAUACCAUUCAACUAAGUAACCUCAACAUUAUGGCCGCGGACAACCCUUGCAUCAUGAAAGCUCCGGUAAUUAUUCUGGAAAACAAUCAUUUUCCCGGUUUCGCACAUGCUUAUAACAUAACUGGAAAGAGAAUAGUAAUGGUUGAUAAUGAAUACAAAGGAGCAGAACAAAAUCAUUACAUAGUUGGAGAUAAAGUACUUCUAGUUAAUAAUACAUUUCAAGGCAACCUUCAACUUCAUGAAGUAGCGGGAUAUGAAGUCACUGCGUCCCAAAAUGUAUAUGAUGGUAAAAUUGGUGACGAAACGCCCGACAUAACGAUUGCAUAUAAGCGACGCUUUCUAGAAGAUUUGAAGGAUGGAUUAAAAAUUAAACGUCCUGAAGGUGCUGCUAUUGUUCAAAGAUUCGAGGAGUUAAGUAAUAGGGAUUUUCCAAUGCUUCAAGCUUAU